AUGUGGUCGGUACUGUUCUGUUCGGUGGUCGUAUUCACUGCUGUAGCUGGAAAUGAUGACGGCGCUGGAAGCGAGAAUGCACCAGAAGCCAUCUAUAACGAGCUACCAUGCCUCGCAUAUGGCGGAGAGUGCGUCUUAAAAUCGGAGUGUCCAGAUGGUAAAUUAUCAAAAUUAAACGGGCUUUGUCCAAUCCAGCAGAAGCAAGAUGUCGAGUGUUGUUAUAAAUCUCCAAACUCCACUACAAGGUGCAAGCGUCGAGGGGGUGAAUGUAUAGCAUCAGACUCUCACUGCCCUAAGUUCCUGUUAUUUGCAGAAGCCACAGAUUGUUCAGACAAUGAGAAGUGUUGUAUAUUUAUUAAUUGAUUGGUUUGUUAAUUGUAUAUAAUCAAAUGUAUGGAAUCUUGUUAUUUGUUACUAAUAUUAUAAACGCGAAAGGUUGUCAGUAUGGAUGGAUGUUUGUUACACUUUCACGCCAAUAGCGAGCAACGAUUUUGAUGAUAUUAUACAGUAGAAAUUGUGUGUUUUUUAGAUAUAUAAUAACUUAUAUAUCAGAAUAACAGAGGCUAUGUAUAAAUUUUAGGAGGGUGUAAA